CCUCUUCUACAAUGAAGAACUAGGCAUUUAAAAAAGUUAACGCCUAAAAGGAUCAAUAGAUAACAUAUGCGCUAUAAAUUUUCAAACAAUCAUGGUUUAUCAUCUAUAUUUAUGGUUGGUCGCUCAUGUCAAGAAUUUUGUCGAGGCUGUUAAACUUUAAACAAAUUUACAGCGUCUCUCCGAUUGACUUGUCGAGUUAGUGAAGCAUGUCGCCUUCCUUUAACUAAUCAUAGUCAAUAGAAUGAAUUCAUUUAGCAAUUUAUUGGGUGGGAAAUAACAACUAACAUCUGGUCCAGAGCAAGUCAAUAAACAAUCCAAUUUUUGUUUAAAGCAAAAUAUUAAUGAGGGAUAAGUAAAAAAACUUAUAAAAUUCCUGGAUCCUGUGGAGGAGCUGGCACUCCAAACCUCGUAUGCACAACUGUUUUCGUGGACAAUUUUUUCAUUACUAUAUAUUACAAAAAUUUUGCAAUGGCGGCCGCUGCCUCCAGCACACCAAUACAUGGUAACCAAGGACGGAACGGCAGAAAUGGUAGAAAUGGUAAUGAGCUUGGAGAAAUAAUCGAGAGAACAGAUAGCAGUUCUUCAAGUACUUCGUCAAGCUGGGAUAUGUUGCCCCAGGAACCUGUGACUAUAGUUGAUUUGGGUUCUAAUGAUCAGAUGUAUGAGCAUGAUUCACAAAUUGAUUCAGAUAAUGGCAGAUCAGCUACAAGUGAAAAUGAUUUUGUUGCAAGCAUGAAAGAAAAAAUGAUGGAAGAGCUUGGUGGCAAGAUGUGGGCAGCUGGGAAGCAGUCAGCAAGGAAGUUCUAUGAUCUUUAUGCAAAUAUUGAUUUCUUAAGGCCUUACUUUGAUGUAGAGCCUAGAGAUGUCCUGAAAAGAUUGGUCCAGUCUCUGGUUCCCAGGAGACCAGGAAAGCCACAGACUGUUCCUGGUGAAUUAUAUGGUCCUGUUAUGGUCCUUUUCACCCUGGUUGCUUUGUUGUUGUUUUCAAUGAAAGUUUCCGAGCAUACUGUGCAAGAGGGAACUCUAAUGGGCACAGCACUUGGUGUUUGUUUUGGAUAUUGGUUUGGCGCUUCCUCGUUUUAUUACUUUCUCGCUUACCUAUGUAACACACAUAUCACUCUACUACAGAUUUUAACUCUCACCGGUUAUGCGUUGUUUGGACAUUGCUUAACAAUUCUACUGACCACCAUUUCACAUCAUCACUCACAUCUGGUUUUUUACUCAUCAAUGCUGAUAUUUGGAGGAUUAUCAUCGUUAAAAAUGGUUGGGAUAUAUGUCAGCAGAACCUGGAGAAAAAAGAAUGGACUGAUAGUUGGCUUAAUAGUUGCCGCGACACAUUUGCUUUUCCUUGUUUAUCUUCACUUUGCUUAUCAUUCGGUCUAUGAAGAUGUGUCAAUGGUACUAAGCAGAUCUAAACGAGAGACAGUGGUACCAUUAAAUACCGAGCGGAUGGCUGCAGAUGUCACAAAAAUCCUAAAAGACACGGCAUCUGAAUUGAAUUACUUGACCCACUCGCAAGUAACUUAUGGUGAGGAUCAAGGGUACAUUAUGCAGUUCUAAACAGCAAUCACGUUUUCAAAUAUGACGUCACAGUCCGGUUGGGACAUAUUCGUACGUCUAACCUAUCUUUGUCGCAUCUCAUUGAUAGGAAGUUAUUGGUGACAUGGUGCUAAGGCAGACGGUAGCCCUCAAUGGAUUGACAGUAUAUGUUAAUUUAUUCUGGUGAUGCAGAAGGCUCCUUGUAUCCUUGUGUCAUUGCAACUUAAUGUUCUGCCUCUUCUUUUGAUGGAGAAUCAUCAAGCAAGAAAAAGUAUUGGCCAUGUUAUAGCCUUGUGUGUUAUGUAUUAAUAGUAUUUGCCAAAUUUGUAUAGAUAAAUUUCAUUAUAUGCCUUUAUCGGUCAGUUA